AUGUCGUUGAGGCCAACUAGUAGAGUGGUCACCCCACAGAGCAACAGGAGUACUGCACAUGUGUCUAGACAGAGUGCUGGUGGUGCAUCGAGUGCCGUGAUUGCUGCUGCUGCUGCUGUUUGCGUUGGUGUUGUGGUGCUUGUCACUGUGUUGGUUGUGGCUGUGGCUUGGCACUACCGUCCACCACCUUCUCCUACAGAUGAAAGUGGGCAGCGUCUCGGCGGAGAGUCUGAUGAUGGGAUAAGUGACAAAAUUGUGUGUAUGGAAAAUCUUACGCCGCAAAUAAUGGAAGGUCUGGCAAUAACGAUGCAGGCGAAAGACUAUCCCAUGAGUUUGAGGUUGAUCGCAGGACAAGUCGGCGUAGACGGUGAGAAACUGGAGAGUCGCAUCAGCACGAACAACGAGCCGGCUCGCUUCAUCUUGCAAGAACUACGUAGCUAUCGUCCUAGAUACUCUCUAGCAGAUCUGUGCUAUGCAUUCUUGGCGAGCCAUCGUCCCGAAUGUGCACGCAAACUCUACACGCUCGUGAUACAAGAUGGACGAAGUUUUUCUCUCCCCGACUGGAUUACUGACGACGCCUAUCCAGAUAUCAGAGAUGUCGGCCAGAUAUUUUCAGAGGCAACAUUGACUUCUGAUCGUGUUACAUUGAUUUCUGAUCGUGUUGGCAAUCGCUGCAAUCAUACUCAAUCGUGUGUUCGCGAGUCCGGACAAUUUGAGGGGAUCAACUCGAACACGACGCGUUGCGAUGCCCGUGAGCGUUGUGAAAGUUUACGUCCGUCGACUCCACCCCCGUGCAUUUUGGCAGACGAAGGUAAUACGGAGUGAUGGAUUUUUGACGAGAUGUUUAUACCCGGAUGUGCUUGAUCUGAUCACUUGCUAGAAUUUUGGGACUGCAACAUGCCCCUACAUGUUUCGACUGCAUUAGAUUAGCAGACUGCAAUUAGUCAUAUGGUUUGGUUGAUGUUACGUAUGUUUGUUCGUAAUUGUUUGUGCGGAAACUGCAAUACUUGUUGAUAUGAAAAAGCACUAGAGUGCUAGCAAUUAAGUCUAAAGUGAGAAUCAACAGAGAGUAAACUGACA